AUGUCGUAUUUUCCAGUUCUAGACCAUCCAGAGAUUUUACAGGAACAGAAUUCCUCUGGCCAUCGGUACGACGCCAGAGACUCUGCAGAUGAACCCGUCCGAGGAAAGGGACAUGGAGCUUUUGUGUGCGCAGAGAUAAAACCAGCAAAACGGCCAAAACCAGAGAAAGGAAACUCAGUGAAAAGCCGAAUGACCUCACCCAGGCUCUUCCUGCAGAAUUCCUAG